AUGGCGGAGGAUGCGCUGCAAGCCGCCAUGGAGCUCCUAGACCGCAUGGAAGAUUCGUACACAGAGCUAGUAAGAAAGCAAGAGCAACACAGACUUGUUGUGAAGAAGAGCAAUCUCGACGAACAAAGACACCAGGUCACUGUGAGGGAGAAUGCACAACUCAGAAAGCAAUUGUCAAUCGUCGCUUCAAAACUCAAGCUGGGAUUGAAAGAGAUCGAACGUUUGAGCAACCAGAAUGCAGAAGUCAACAAACAGCUGAUACAAUCAGCGAAUCAAUGGUCGAUACUGAAUAGGAAAUUAGAAGAGCAAGAAGCAGAGAUCGACGAUCUCAAAAGCAAGCAUGAAAAGGAGAAGGAAACCUUAACUUUUCAAAAAGAUACAGAAUGGCAGAAAAAAAUCAACAAAGCAUCUGAUUCUUACGAGCUGAAUGUUAUAUUUUUAAUAGCGUUGGCCUUCAACAUGAGUGAUGAUUCUGCAGAUGAAACAAGCACAAGAAAAACAUGCCAAGGAGCAAGCGAAGCUAAGAUCAGAAUACGAAGAAAGAUUAUUCUCAAUUUCGUUGUCGAGAAGCAGCAACUCCAGGCAUGCCAUUGUACUGGUGUAAAGCAGAACCAACCUCAACUUGUUGCAGCACGAUUUCCGAGGCAUGUUUACAACAGAGACUCGGCGAGCUCAGAGAAAAACUGCAAGAGAGCGAAAGAGAAAAGGCAAAAUUGCGAGAUGAAAUCAAGAAUCUUGAAGCUCAAAUCAAUGUCCAGAAUAUCAGGACGGGCUUCCCUUGCCCCGGAACGGAGUGCUAGCCAGAAUGAGAACUUGACCACUAAGGGGAUACCAGGAAAAGAUAAGAACCCGAAGCUCUACCAAGCAGAGGCCAUGCGACUCUCCAUCUGCAUCUAA